UAUUUAUCCACAAAGAAGAAUAAUGUCAUCCAUGUUGUGAACGUGGGAAAUGCACAUGAUCUUGUAUCUCAAAUUUUACGUAUAGUAGGAGCUUCGGGGAGCGAGAUCCUUCCAAAAUGAGUGACUUUUCGUCACUAGGGCUUUCAGACUGGCUUAUUAAUCAGUGUAAGCAGUUGGGAAUCAACAAGCCGACUCCCGUCCAGGAAAACUGCAUGCCAGCUAUUUUAGAAGGUCGAGACUGUAUGGGCUGUGCCAAAACUGGAAGUGGAAAGACUGCAGCGUUUGUGCUUCCUGUUCUCCAGAAACUGUCAGCUGACCCUUACGGUAUCUUCUGCCUGGUGCUGACGCCUACCAGGGAGUUAGCAUACCAGAUCGCGGAGCAAUUUCGAGUCCUUGGGAAGCCACUGGGUCUGCGAGACUGCAUUGUCGUUGGUGGAAUGGACAUGGUGAGUCAGGCACUGGAGCUUUCCAACCAGCCUCACGUGGUGGUAGCAACACCGGGCAGGCUCGCCGAUCACAUCCGGAGCUCCAACACCUUCAGUAUGAGGAAGAUUCAAUUCCUGAUCUUGGAUGAGGCAGACCGGCUGUUGGAGCAGGGCUGUACAGACUUCACCAAAGACCUGGAAGUGAUUCUCGGGGUGCUGCCGGCCAAACGGCAGACUCUGCUGUUCAGCGCUACGCUUACUGACACAUUGCAGGACCUUAAAAGCAUCGCCAUGAACAGACCGUUCUUCUGGGAGAGCACGUCAGAAACACGUACGGUGGAGGAGCUGGACCAGAGGUACAUCCUUACUCCAGAGAAGGUGAAGGAUGCCUACUUAGUCCACCUGAUCCAGACCUUCACAGACGAACACGACGACUGGUCGAUCAUUAUAUUCACCAACACCUGCAAGACCUGUCAGAUCCUCACAAUGAUGCUUCGGCAAUUCAACUUUCCUACAAUUAACCUCCACUCGAUGAUGAAGCAGAAACAACGAUUUGCCAAUCUUGCCAAGUUCAAGGCCAGCGUCUAUAAAAUCCUGAUUGCCACAGAUGUAGCUGCCAGGGGCUUGGAUAUUCCAACUGUACAGGUAGUCAUCAAUCACAACACUCCUGGCCUGCCCAAAAUCUACAUCCACAGAGUUGGCCGGACAGCCAGAGCAGGCAGGAACGGGGUGUCCAUUACACUAGUGACACAGUACGACAUCCAUCUCGUCCAUGCCAUCGAAGAGCAAAGCCAGAGUAAAAUGAAAGAGUUUCCAGUGGUGGAGAAAGACGUCCUCAAGAUCCUCACGCAGGUCAAUGUGACCAAACGAGAGUGUGAAAUAAGAUUGGAGUCUACAGAUUUUAAUGAGAAAAAGGAGAUCAACAAAAGGAAACAACUGAUCCUGGAAGGAAAGGAUCCGGAUAUGGAGGCCAAGAGGAAAGCAGAAUUGGAAAAAAUUCGAAGGCAGAAGAAAAAGUUUCAAGAGCAGAUCAAGCAAAAAAUUGAAGUACAUAAACAAGGACAAGUCAAAAGGAAACUCAAGAGCAAACAUAUAAAAAAAAAAACAAAUUGACCCUUUUUGGGUGGUUUGAUCUUUUAUUACUGUGCAAUAUCCAAUAUUUUCAAACUUGUGAUCAUCUGCAAAUCAACAUAUUAAUUUUAUACCAUGAAUGAAUAAAUGUACUCAGUUCUUGACAGCGUCUUUCCAGGAUAUGACACUGCUUGUUUUUACUUCGUAUUUACAUCCCACUGAUGGAUGACUCGCUUUAAGUGCUGCCUUUAGAUGGUGAUAACGGGUAAGAUCACAAAAUUUCAACAGAUCACUACACUUAAAUGGAAACACAUUGGCUCCGAUGACAGAAC